AUGGGCUUCAUGGAUACCAUCCGCGCAAAAGUCGAACUCUACCGUCUCGAACAACGCUACGCCCGCAGAGACAAACGCACAACCUUCACAACCGGCGCCCGCUACGUCGACGGCGAAUACAUCUUUGCUGAAUCAUCGCCUGGUAGCCCUACAGGCAGCACUGGGUCAUGGCAACACAGUACCGUGUCGUCGUCCUCGAAGCGUGGCACUGCGGUCAAGGUCAAGGAGUUGAUGAGUAGGAGUGUGCGAUGA